CCUUCCUCCAUCUACGCCCGCAUUGUACCAUCUCAUCGACGAUACGCUCAAGCGGGCUACUCCCUUUUAUGCACUCCUAGCGCCCUUGAAGACAGACAAUGCCUUUUGCGGACAACUGCGCUGGCUUGACCACACUGUCCUUCUCGAAUAUUCUAGCAAUGCCCUCGCGUCCAAAGACCUCGAGCGAACGUCGCGCUCAUCCCUUUCGCGAACUGCUUCGAAAAGUCUCGAACGCAGGAUCUUGCUCCAGUAUGCUUUCAGUCUGAACUUUCCAGAAGACUAGCAGCGAGGAUAAGAGCGGGCUCGCCUGGCAGCAUUCCUCAGCACAGAAACACCAACAACUCAGAACUCGAGCGACAACUCAAGUCUCUCGACUCUCUAACUUACCAACCUACGACGAUGUCUGUCUUCUACUACGAGCCCUUCUACGACAUCGAUCGCUUCCUCAGCGAGGCCUUCAGCCCGCGCGCUAGCGAGUCCACCCAGCGCCGCAUCGGCGAGGGCAGCUCCAACGAUGCGCCCCGCGCCCUCAAGCCCAGAAUGGACCUUCACGAAGACGCUGAGAAGAAUGUCGUGACCGCCACCUUCGAGUUCCCGGGCGUCAAGAAGGAGGACGUGACGAUUGACUUCCACAACGGGCGCCUCACGGUCGGCGCGGAGACGAAGAUCUCGGAGGAGCGCGAUGAGAACGGGUACGCGGUGCGCGAGCGGCGCUACGGGAAGUGGUCGCGCACGCUGCAGCUGCCGGCAGGGGUGAAGGAAGACGAGGUGAAGGCGACGAUGGAAAACGGCCUGCUGACGGUGACGUUCCCGAAGACGUCGCCUGAGGCUGCGCCGAAGAAGAUCGCGGUCAACUGAGCUUCCUUCGUUACCGAGCCCUUCCUUCACCCGCAUUGUAUACCAUGUCUGGAACGCAUGACGAUAUACCUGUAGCAUAGAAAUACCAAGCUUUUGAUGUUUACUUCUUC